AUGACGAAACUUGCUUUUAUCUUGGUAUCUCUAGUCUUCGAAGUUCAAGCCAGAACAAUCACAAUCUACAACAAGUGUCCAAUUACAAUCUGGCCUGGUAUUCUUGGACCUGGAAACCCUGCUGGCGGUGGUUUUCGGUUGAAUUCUGGAGAAUCUAGAGAUAUUCAUGUAGAUGAUUCAUGGACUGCUGGUAGAAUUUGGGCAAGAACUGGAUGUGACUCAAAUUUCAACUGUGAAACGGGUUUCUGCAGAAAUAAAGAACAAUGUGAUGGAGCUGGAGGUGUUCCACCAGCAUCAUUAGCUGAAUUCACAUUGAAUGGCCACGGUGGUCAAAAUUUUUAUGACGUUUCAUUGGUUGAUGGAUAUAAUCUUCCAGUUUUGAUUGAUCCACGUGGAGGAAGCAGUUAGUUUUAUUCAAAGAUUGAGAACAUUGUUUGAUAAUUUGUUCUAAAGACUGCAAACGUGCUGGAGGUUGCCAUUCAGAUGUCAAUCAAAAAUGUCCUGGUAAUCUUUCUGUAAAGGGAAAAAAUGAUCGUACUGUUGGCUGCAAAUCCGGAUGUCUUGGAUACAAUACUGAUCAAGAAUGUUGUCGUGGAGCAUUUGGAACUCCAGAUAAAUGCCAUCGAAGUAAAACCGCUGAAAUUUUUAAAAGUGCUUGUCCAACUGCCUAUUCCUACGCUUACGAUGACAAAACAUCUACGUUCACAUGUCAAAAUCGAGCAUCGUAUAUUGUUCAAUUUUGUUAA